AUGAUCCUGAAUCAAAACAAAAAUGGCGUUCUCGAGAUGACGAGAGUUUUGCGAGAUUUAAAUAUCUGGAAUAAUUCAGACACACAGACAGAAAAUCGGAAAAAGGGAACAAUGUCAGACUGCAGUGAUUUAGACAGACAAAUAGAGCAGCUGCGGAGAUGUGAAAUUAUCAAAGAAAGUGAAGUUAAAGCACUAUGUGCAAAAGCCAGAGAAAUUCUAGUUGAAGAAAGCAAUGUACAGAGAGUAGACUCUCCAGUCACAGUAUGUGGCGAUAUACAUGGGCAAUUUUAUGACUUAAAAGAACUCUUCAAAGUGGGAGGAGAUGUUCCCGAAACAAAUUAUCUCUUUAUGGGAGACUUUGUAGACAGAGGAUUUUACAGUGUAGAAACAUUUUUACUUCUUUUAGCUUUAAAAGUCAGAUACCCUGAUAGAAUAAUGUUGAUACGGGGGAACCACGAAAGUCGACAAAUCACACAGGUCUAUGGAUUUUAUGAUGAAUGCUUACGGAAAUAUGGUUCUAUCACAGUUUGGCGAUACUGCACAGAAAUAUUUGACUACCUCAGUCUUUCUGCAAUAAUAGAUGGGAAGAUAUUCUGUGUACAUGGCGGCCUAUCACCAUCAAUCAACACACUAGACCAAAUUCGAGCCAUAGAUCGUAAACAGGAAGUGCCGCAUGACGGUCCUAUGUGUGACUUGUUAUGGUCGGAUCCUGAAGAUACACAAGGCUGGGGAGUCAGUCCAAGGGGGGCAGGAUACCUCUUUGGUAGUGACGUCGUACAAACAUUCAAUGCAGCAAAUAAUGUAGAUCUUAUAUGUCGAGCCCAUCAGUUAGUGAUGGAGGGGUACAAAUGGCAUUUUAACGAAACAGUUUUAACUGUGUGGUCUGCACCAAACUACUGUUACAGAUGCGGGAAUGUGGCUGCUAUUCUAGAAUUAGACGAACAUUUACAGCGAGAUUUUACAAUAUUUGAAGCUGCGCCUCAGGAACUGAGGGGAAACCCACCUACUAGGAAACCGCAAGCAGAAUACUUCUUAUGAGACUGUUCCGACAUAGACACUUCUGAUAAUAAAAAUCCAUAUGAAGACAUUCUCCAUGAUAGGGGCUCCCACUCAUAAAAAAAAUAACAGUGAAUCUUAAAAAAAUAACAAUGCUCUAUUUAAGGUCACGACGGGUAAAAAGUGAUGUCUUCGAUAAUGUUUAGUGUAGGACAUACCCAAAAAUGAAUGGCCUAUUUCCCAUGAAUGUAUGCCAAAUGUAUAGAGGAAAGAUGCCUCUAAAUUGUGAAACUUGGGGCUCCUGUCGAAAGAUUAAGUGUAGAGUAGAGAACAAUUCGACAGUGCUUGAAUGGUGAAUCCAUACAAUCAAAACAACUGAAGAUACUCGUGUCUAUAUUGGAAUACUGUGUAUUAUAAAUGAGCUUUGUGCUAUUAAAUAUGAGGUUCAUCAAAUAGAUAAAUAUGGGUUCCAUGGGUCAGAAUAUGGCUUCACUGGGUUUGAAUAUGGGUUCCUAAAAAAUAUGGGUUCUACAGGGAGAAAAAUAAGAGAAAUGAUCAAAUAUAUAUUUUUGGGAGAUUUCGAUGUUCCUCCUCAAGUUGUCAAAAAUGUUAACCUGUAAACCUGUUAUAAAUUUUCUUGAGUAAAUAGGAAUAAUCUAUUUUUCUACUUUAAAUGUCUAGAUCUAUAACUGUUACAGUGUUCUUCCGUGAAAUCAAAACAACCCUACCACCCCUAUUUUAGCACAAUUUAGCUCUCCCUUUCAGUCCACAUCAUAAGACAAGUGAUUGGAAAGGGGUGUUAAGUUAUUUUUAUCCUAAUGGUGAAUGGACCAUUAUAAUGUGUGUUGAGAAUGCCAUGUGUGUUGAUUGUUGAAUGAAUGGGGAGCGAUUCCUGUGUAUUGAAAAUUAAAUGUACAAAUAGAUUGUCCAGUCUAAACCUAUACCAGACUUCAUUUUGAGUGAAAUCAACAAAAAUAUAUUGAUUGAAGAGAAUUGGGAUUUAUGAUUAAGCAAUCAAAUUGGUUGCCUUGUUUAUUCGAAAUACAGUGAAACUGAAGUGUUCAUAGAUUUUCUUAUAGUCCCACAUCAAGACUUUGUAUGUGUAACCCACAAUUCUUAACACAAGUAGAGAAAUAAAGAAUAAGUGCAGGACUACCAUUAUUAAUAAAUUCAAAAUGAAGUUUGGUAAAAUAUAAUCAGUAAUUUAAACUGGAUUUUUAUGUUUUCUGUAUGUAUAUGAAAUCUAAUAAAUAACAUGUAUCGCUGUACAGUUCUUAAAAAAUCAUGAGUUAUGUGCGUAUUUGUGUUAUGAUAGACCAUCCCUUGGAAGUUAAGUCACCUAUUGGAUGCAAUUAAUAUUGGAUACAAUUCAGUUUUGCUGCAAAACCAGAUGAAUUUGUUGAGUAUGACAAAACAAGGAAAUGAAUUUAGCCAUUAUAUUAAUCGUUAUUUCUGGUUCAGAUCUGACAUCUAUCUUUUGCUUAUGCCUCUUUGGACUUAUGUCGACUUUGGACUGACUAAAUACCUUCAACAGUAGAAGUUCCUAAAACAUGGGAGUUCUUUUACUUUGAUCAAGAAAAAUAUCAAUUUUUGGAGAUAGUGUUCCUACAUUCAGCAGUACAAAUAUCUGGGGGGACACGAGGCCUGAAUAGUGCACAUUUGACAAUUCAAAGAUGUGUUUUUGUAAUCC